GCCGAAUGUGAAGGGUGUGGCUGGCGCAGGACUUGGCGGGCUGGAUGGCAGAUCGUUAAAUGGUACGACAUGGCCCUUUAGCGGAUCUUUCGCGACAUUGGCUUCGGGAGCUUUUUUGCUAAAGCUGUUGAUGUUAAGUAUUAUAGCGUAGGUAUACAACAUGCAGACUUUUGCUGCCACCGUUAGUCAUUACAAAUGCGCUUGCACAAUGCCAGUAACCAAACGCUGCAAUGCUCGAACCAGAGCCCAGAAAUGCGGCAGGCUUAGAACUGUAACAGUUCAAUCUGCGGCGGGGGUCCUAUUGGACCGGUUACUCGGGGCAUUCGGGUCUCGUCCGGAUGUGGCGCAAAGGCAAAGGCUACGCGUGGCGAGCGCGCAACUCCUUAAACUGCUUUGCGAUGCAGCGCCAGAUUUGACGCGCGUUAAUCAACUUGUUGACGAGCUUGCUGGAGCCGAAGGGCAGCCGUUCGUUGAGGAGUCUCUCGGUGGCGGUAUGUGGGUGGUGCGCUUCACCCGCGGCAAGCCGCUCCUCUGGAACCUCACCUACAGCACGGGCCGCCUGGUCAACAGCAACAACCGCGCCUCCCAGGAGUUCGACCCCUCGGUGCGGUCCGCGACCAACGUGGUGGAGCUGAACGGGCCGGGCAGCUACAUCGCGGCGUACGGCAGCUACGAAGCCGUGGACGAUCGCGCGCUCACGCCCAAGACCAUUCGCGCGCGCAUCCGCUCCGGCCGCCUGGUUGCGGGCCCCCUGGCGCUGCCGCUGCCCAUCUCCGGCAGCGGCCUCUUCCAGGUGCUGUACGUGGACUCGCAGCUGCGGCUGUUCCGCAGCGGCGCGGGUGCACUGGCGGUGCAGGUGCGCGCCGACUGCCUGGGGCCGCCGGCGGGGGGCAGCAGGUAGCUGGUGGCUGGUGGGAGGUCAGUGGCGGCCCCGCGGUGGUUAUUGGCGUGAUAACUUUGGGGGGGUGGGUGGGUGGGGAAAUGGAUGUGCACAGCGGCUAGGCAAAUGGUAUGCAUUGGCGUGCGACGGGGAAGAUGGGGUGUUUAGUUCGGUAGGCAGGGGCCUGGCAGGAUGGCAAGAAGGCUUUAUGUAGGUAGUACAGCUGCUUUUUGCAUGGUGCCCUGUAAGCAAGAGCCGGCGCUGGCUUCGACUGCAUCCCGUUUUGCACUUCCUUGUGACAGCACAAUGUGCUCGUGACAACAUGGUAAAGGGCGCCCCAUGUCGAAUCGGCCUAGGCAACCGUUGGCUUCAUAGGCAACGGCAUAGACAGCACCACCACGGCGCUUGCGUGGCUUACUUCAUUGUCUGCAAUACAGACAUUGUGCAGGCGUUAGGUGGCACUUACUAUGCCCCGUGGAUGUGGAUUUGGUUUGGUUUGGCUUGCUCGUAACGCGACCCAACGGGUCGCCGCAGGCGAGACAGAUACCCGACCACAACAAGUUGUUGAUUGAAGCAGUUCA